CUGAGCGUGUCGUCCUGGGGUAAAUCUGUCUGUACUGACCAGCGCGUGAGCGUCUGUGUGUGUGCGCAUGUGUGUGUGCGCGCACGCGCGCCAGUUGUGCCAGCUGUUUGAUUGAAAGGAGCCGUGUUGUUGAGAUGUUCUGCCAUGUUCACCACAUCAUCACCUGUUAGUGGAUCGAAUCCCGCCGAGCUGUGAGGGCUGGGACACCGGUGCAGAUGGCCAAGAGGAGCACUCUCUUCAUCCGGAUUGUGGAAGGCAAAAAUUUGCCCAUCAAGGAUAUAACUGGAAGCAGUGAUCCAUAUUGCAUCGUGAGAAUUGACAAUGAAGCCAUUAUAAGGACGGCGACAAUAUGGAAGACGCUGUCCCCUUUCUGGGGAGAGGAAUACAAUGUCCAUGUUCCACCUUCCUUUCACACUAUGUCCCUGUAUGUGAUGGAUGAGGACAAUCUGAGCCGUGAUGACGUCAUUGGAAAAGUUUCGAUCAGCAAAGAGGCACUCAGUGUCAACCCACAAGGUCUGGAUGGCUGGAUGAACCUGACUGAAAUAGAUCCCAACGAGGAAGUUCAGGGAGAGAUUCACCUGCAGAUCUCGCUGCUGGGGGACGGCAACGUGCCACGCAAACUCCGCUGUCGAGUGCUGGAGGCCAGAGAUCUUGCCAAAAAAGACCGCAAUGGAGCAUCGGAUCCAUUUGUCCGAGUCCGAUAUAAUGGCAAAACCCACGAAAGUGCAGUGGUGAAGAAGUCUUGCUAUCCACGCUGGAAUGAGAGUUUUGAGUUUGAGCUGGACGACACGCUGGCUGACAGCCCGCUCAGUGUGGAGGUGUGGGACUGGGACCUGGUGAGCAGAAACGACUUCCUUGGAAAGGUCCUGUUCAACAUUAACAGGCUUCAUUCGGCACAGCAAGAAGAGGGCUGGUUUCGCCUGGGGCCGGACAAACCCAAACACAGCCGGUACGAAGGUACUCUGGGCUCCUUGCGGCUGCAGCUGCGGCUCAGAGACGAGACGGUCCUGCCGUCCAGCCAUUACCAACCACUUACAGAAUUACUGUGCCAGUCCGUCGAGACUCACCUCAACGGCAACUGGCCUGACCUGAUCAUGCUAAUCGACGAGACAACGACAUCCGAGAACAGACAGGAAGUGGCCACGAACCUGGUGAAGCUUUUCCUGGGUCAAGGACUCAUCAAAGAGUUCCUGGAUGUGCUUUUCAAACUGGAGCUGGAAAAGAAUACCGAACCCAACACUUUAUUCAGGAGCAACUCUUUAGCGUCCAAGUCCAUGGAGUCCUUUCUCAAGGUGGCCGGGAUGCAGUAUCUCCACAGGCUUCUGGGCCCCAUCAUCAAUCGAAUUUUUGAGGAGAAGAAGUACGUGGAACUGGAUCCAAACAAGGUGGAACUGAAAGAAGCUGGGUGCACGGGAUUGCAUCGUGUACAGACAGAAGCCGAUGUGAUCCAGCAGAGCUCCAGCCUGCUCCAGUCGUACCUGUCCGAACUGAUGGCUGCCAUCCUGCAGUCUUCCUCCUACUGCCCGCUGCUCCUCUGUCAGGCCUUCCAGCAGCUCUUCCAGCGAGUACAAGCUCGUUUCCCAGACCCAGAGUACAGGAAAGUGAAGUUCAUUGCGGUGACUAGCUUCCUGUGCCUACGCUUCAUUUCUCCUGCCAUCAUGUCGCCUAAGCUCUUUCACCUGAGGGAGAAACACGCCGAUGCCCGCACCAGCCGCACUCUUCUGCUCCUGGCGAAAGCUGUUCAGACCAUUGGCAAUCUGGACACACUGGUGUGUUGCUCUAAGGAGCCGUGGAUGGUGCCACUGCAGCCUGCCAUCCAGCAGGGCAUCGCCCAGCUCAAAGACUUCAUCACCCGCCUGGUCAGCUGUCACGACUCGGAAGAUCUCGGUUUGCAAACUCGGAUGAGUCUUCAGUGCGGCUCUAUGGAAAAAGAAGGCUUCCUCCUCUUGCAUAAGACCAAAGACAAGUGCAUUCUCAUGACCUCUCCGUUUAAGAAGUAUUACGUCACGCUCAGCAAAGAUGUUCUGUCUUACUCACGGACUCCGCACUCCAAGAAGAGCUCGUUCAUCUCCCUGCCCAAGAUCUGUGCGGUGGAAAAGGUGGAGGAGAAGUGCUUCGGCAGCGCCAAUGUCAUGCAGAUAAUCUCGAGCGAGGACUCCGGGCAGCAGGAGACACUGUACCUGGACUGCAAGAGCGUAAACGAACUGAACCACUGGCUCUCGGCUUUACGGAAAGCGUGCAGUCACAACACCAACACCAUGAGCUGUUAUCAUCCAGGGAUCUACAAAGCUGACAGAUGGAGUUGCUGCCACCAAAAGGAGAAAACAGACCCAGGCUGUGAUAAGACCAGACAUGGUGUCACCCUUCAGGAAUGGUACGACCCACUGGAUCCAGACCUGGAAUCUCAGCUGAUUUAUCGCCACCUGAGCAGCGUCCAACACGCCAUGAGGGAUAAAUAUUAUGAACUGAUGAAGCAAAAAGAAGUUGAUGACACCGACACUGACCAAGAUCCAAAGAAGGUGGACGGUAUAACGAGACUUUUCCAGAUUCUCAAAGAUUUGCACGACGCUCACGCGGCAGUAGAAGAGGAGGAGCGUUUGAAAAACAAGAACGUUUUCCUCGAGUUGCAGACGUAAACCGAGUCUCCUUUAAAAAAAAAAAGAAGACAAAGCGUGUUUAAUCCUGCGUCACACAUUGUACACUUCAUGGACAGGGUUUAUUAUGUGAACCUGCUAAACUGCAAUGCACAGCAAGUUCAAAUUUUGGAAAGAAAUUUUUGAGAACAAGUUUGCUUUCCAUGGCUUUUAUUUAAGGCGAGUGAGUUUUCAUGAUUAGUGGGCUGCCUUCGAAAGCUCGUACGCAUCGAGGAUCGUGUGUAGUGUGUAUUUUACACAAAUGUAUAAAUGUUGCAGCUUAAUAAGGUCCUGAAAAUCAUAAGUUCUCGCUGGUUAUUCUUGCUUAGAGGCACUUUAUCACGCUUGGAUUCUAUCUUUGUGAUUUUUUUUCAUCAUACAAGCAUUAAUUUUUUUCCUUUGUAAAUAAGCAGAGUCCACAAGUUUACAGUAUACGCUCUUAAUUUAAAAUAUGACACAAGUAGACUUCCUGUUUACCAGUUUCAUGUCCAAUUCUGCACGAUUUAUUCAUGUCCUGUUCCCGAGCCCUUAAUGACUCCCAGAAAUUAAUGCUGUAUCCGAAGUCUGCCACAGCAUCUAUUUGACCAAUUCGCCACAGGUUUUUGAUCCACUCUGGUCUCUGUUCAAAUAUAUAAGUGCAAGACUGAUCAGUACUUCAAUUUCAGAAGGAGGAAAGGUGCUAGAGAUGUGCAUCAUCAUGAAGGAGUGAUUUAUAGGAAGGAGCGCAUCACAACAUGAGGCAUAAGGAGUCAUUUUUCUUGCUUCUAAGCGUCAUGAUACAGUUGAGCAUAAACAUUUGACAACAAAAAUAGUGUAAGUAUUAUGAGUAAGUGUUCUACAACGAUCCUAGGAUUAAGGCAAAAUCAACAGGAAACAAAUCAGUGCAGUUGAGUGAAAAAGUUUGCAUUCCCUAUGGUUUCUGGGUGGGAGGAAAAAAACGCACCACGAGUCGGCUAUAAGCCAUGUACGACGAGAUUGAGUGGAAUAACUAUUUUAUUCUAUCCGCAUUCGCUGGAUUUUGAGAGGGAGCAUUUUCAUUUUUAUUUUUUGCAAAUUCAAUAAAUAAAAACUUGACACAAAACGUCCGACAAAAUCAUUUCUGCUUGGAAUGUAAACAAACCUGCGAAAUGACUAGAAAUUUGUGAAAAAUGCAAUAAUAAUUCUUGAGAAAUAAAAAAGGAUAUGUUCUUGCCAUCAAAUACUUUUUUCCAUAUUUUGUUGCUUUUUUAUUUUUUGGGGUUUUGUAGCGUAGAGUCUUUUUUUCGUCCUCGGUUGUUUCAGCAACACGCUCCGCCAUUUUGUUUUUCUCUACUCACGGUAUAUGAGCUGGUAGGAGAGUAGCCAAUCAGAGCGCACGAUUGAUCAUAUCCAGUGACUGUGGAUAGAAUAAUAAAGUUUAUCCACAACAAUAGAAGUCGAGUAUGUUAAAAAUAAAAUUUGCAGUAUAUUCUACAACAAUACAAUCCCAAACUUAAGGAAGAGUAAGCAGAUUAAAGAAUACAGUUGAGUGCAUUCCCCCCCCCCUUUUUUUUUGGGGGGGGGGAGGGGGUUAGAAAUCUGAGAAACUUUGAUACAUUGAAAGUUAUGUUGGAAUAAAUAAUUUGUUUGGUGGGGUUUUUUGGCCAUAAGGGUGCACAAACUUUUGCACCCAACUGUAUGAUGUAAGAAAAUUACUAUACAGCUUGUAUUUAAUACAUUUCAGAAACUACACGUUUAUAAACAUAAACUAAGGCAUAUUUUUUUAACAAUUGGUUUAGCAAAAAGUCUACUAUUAACCUGACCUUUAAAAAAAAAUGCACACCCUCAAUCCAAUCAAAAAAAAAAACCCAAUCCUUGUGAACAUUGUUCAUUCCCUCUAAACUCCCAUCAAUAAACAGCUCAUAUUAUCUCCGCUUUAUUGACAGCAUUGCUAGAGACGCAACACUUGGGAUCCUCUAUCUGCACUCAGUAUUCACUCAUCUAUCAAUUAUUCAAAUCUCGCAGUAUAUACACAUGUAAUUUCUAUUGUUGCCAUGUUUCAACUUGUCGAUUUUGUAUAUUGUAUUAGUAUGUCCCAGACCAGUGUGUAUUAUAGGCAUGACAUGUAUUUCUGAUUGUCUUUUAUAGUUUUGUUUUUGUUAUGACAUGAAUGUAUAUGACCUGAGGACAUUUUUGCAGGUAAGGGCCUCGUUUUGUACACUAGAUGGCUCUGCAGUAUUGAAAUAUUUAUACCACAAACUGGGCCGUAGAAAUACUAUACAUCUUUAGAUUGAUGCAUUGAUUAGUAAAUGUACACAAAUCGAUCCAUGAAAUGUAACACCCGUUUCAAGCAACAGUUCACUGUUUAGGCCUGAUUUUGUGACAUACUCGUUUAUAACCUAUUAUAAAGUGUUAUGAUGACUUGGACAGAAAA